AUGGAGGAUUCGAGGCCACACAGACAUCCAGUCUCGGUUGACCUUGAUGGGAUGACCGCAGGCCGACACACCAAUUCUCAUACAAGCGAUUACGAAGAGAGGUUACCACAGAAGGAUAGAGCUACACCGACCGAGGAUAGAGAAUCUGCCGAAGAAACUCAAUCUACGCAAAGACUAUCAACUUUAAGCGCUGUCAUACCCCAGAGUACAGCACGUCCGAGUACUUUGCGAGCAACAUUUUCUAGCUCAGCUAGUUCCUUCGUACUUCCAGCGUCGUCUCUUAGGGCAGCUAUACCGACUCCAGAGCCUUCUACCUCUACCUCCGUCAAUGCAAUCCUCCCAAGCAGAUCAUCAACAACCACUACGACGGUAUUAAGAACUAUUAUAGCGUCACCGUCUCGUGAUCCGGUCCCUACAGCAGAAGAGGACACCAUACCCGCGGCGCCUUCCAAAUCAACAGCUAUUCUCGCAUCACCCUCGUCAGAUCCCACGCCCGCGGAAGAAAACACAACACCUGUAGCGCCCGAUGGAACCACAUCUGCGGCAUCCGCACUCCUCGUAGAAACAACCGACGCACCAAUGACCCCAAUUGCCAAGGCAGGCAUGGGCGUCGGACUCACCUUCAGCGUGCUCUCUAUCGCGAGCAUAGCAGGAUUCUUCCUCUGGCGCCGUCGUCGUCACCACCAUCAAAAUCAACACAGUGCCAGUGAUACCGACAAUGAAAGCAACCACAGCGCCGCCGCCCAACCCAACGAACCCAGCAACAACAUUCUCGCAAAGUUCUUCCACCCCAAGAAGUAUACAGACAAUAAGCAUGAUGCAGAAUGGAGCGUCGAGUCAGCGCAGAAAGUCGAGUUUGUCAAGGAUAUGCACGCACAGAGUGUACGCACUGCUUCACGGGGCGAUUCGAGGGGUGGUUUAGAUGGCGGCCAGCCUGGUGCUGGACGUGAGGUGAUGAAUGAAAGUGGAAUGCUGCCUAGAAGGAAACUCAGUAUGCCGAAUAUGGCGUUGGGAAGUCAUCCUAUCACGCCUGAUGUUUCGGCUUUCCCUGCGCCGCCGACGUUUGCUGCUGGUCUGCAGGCGGGUGAGCGCUCGGGUAAAGAGGAGAAAAGGAGUAAUUGGCCGCUGAUGGAAUGA